UUCGUGAAUAGAUCGACAGUUGUUAUGUUGUGAUAGCUAGUCAGCCACCCCGGAAUCGCGCGGAUUCUUUUCUCUCCAGAGUUUUUUUUGUGUGUGAUAAGAGCCUGACCGGGAUCAGUUCGGGAAGCCGACGCGUUAUCAAUCCCGUUUAACCUUGUUCGGUUUAUGGCACAGCCGGUAACGAUCAACCAUGCAACAAUAGGCGUCGCUAGCCUUGUGGAGGUCAUUCGUGGUGAGCGUCUGAUCUGAACUAAGGAUCCUCCGAAUGACCGAAGAUCAUCUUGAAUCUGCCAUCUUCGGAGAUCGUUGCCAGUUGCCAUCGGUUCGUUGACGAGUUGUGAAGUUGAUCGGUUGAUCCGCGUUCCGAGGUAGAAAGCCGCAGCAUCAGCAAUGGUGAUCAAAAUAGCUCUGAUUCAGCUGAAGAUCUCCGGACCAAAGGAGAAGAUCCUCAAGAAUGCAGUGGAUUUGAUCCGGAUUGCCAAGAAGGAAAAGUUCGCUAAUCUGGUGGUGCUGCCCGAAAGUUUCAACUGUCCGUACAAUGAGGCAGAUUUCGAGGCAAACGCCGAAGAAAUUCCGGCAGGAAUGACGAGCCAAGCGCUCAGUCAGGCAGCGAGUGACUUCGGAGUUCACAUUGUGGGAGGAUCGUUUGUGGAGCUGUGCGAUGGGAAACUGUACAACACCUGCACCGUUUGGGGACCGGAUGGCGCUCUCGUUGCCAAACACCGGAAGGUGCACCUGUGUGACACCAAAAUUCCCGGUAAGCUGGAAAUCAAGGAGUCCAAAGUGUUCACCCGCGGCGAGAGCUACACGACGUUCCAAGUCGGAGAGACCCAGGUUGGGCUGGGGGUUUGCUGGGACAUGCGCUUUCCGGAGUUUGCGGCCGCCUACCGGAAGUUGGGUUGCGAUCUACUGAUCUAUCCGGCCGUUUGCGACACCUACACCGGGGAGAUGCACUGGGAGCUGCUGGCCCGGGCCCGUGCCCUGGAUAAUCAGAUGUUUGUGGCGUUCUGUUCGCCGGCCCGAGAUCCCCACGCCACCAUGGUCGCCCAUGGACACUCGCUGGUGGUCGAUCCGUGGGGCCAGGUGUUGCAGACGGGAACCGAAUUUCAGGAGAUCAUCGUGGCCGAUCUGACGCUGAAAACUUUGCCGGAAGCCCGCAGUCAAAUCCCGGUCCUGCAACAGAAACGGACCGACCUGUAUGAAUUGUUGGUGCGGAAGAAGUAAAUGGAAAAUUUUGUUGCCCGUAAUUCGUUACUCUAUUAUAAGGUCAGGUUUUUUUUGUGAUAAUGAAUAAAUACGUACUUUUACACAACUG